UUUCGUGUUAACCAUUGUUUUUUCAAUUUUACAAUUUUUGCCUUUACUGUGCGAUACGAAUAAGUAGUAUCAUUUUAGAUAUGCAAAAAAUUGUGUGCAGCACAUUUCUUCAUCGCAGCCCUUUAUUCCAAUCAAAUUAUCAAAAUUUCAACAUAUUUCAAUCAACUAAAUUACAUUUAGUCAAUGUUUACCAAUUUACAGCUGCCUCUUGUUUACAACAAAAACAUCCUGGAAAAAAAAUUACAAAAAUGUCUUCAUCAGGAGUAACUUUGAAUGCCAUACCAAAAGUAGAUAUUGAUAAGUCUGGUGUGUUUAAAUAUAUUUUAAUUAAUGUUACGGACAAAAGUAAGCAAGAGGAAAGUCCAGUCACAAUUGUUAGAGGUUAUGCCCACUGCAACUACCACUCUGAUAUAUUGGAUGAGGUUGAAAGUAAGCUUCAACCAUUGCAAUGUGAAGUGUUGGGAGGUGGCCGUAUUUCACAUGAUGCGGACUUUAAAAGGAUUAAAAUAUAUGGUUAUUCACAAGGGUUUGGGAAAGCAGAUCACGAGGUCACUGCUAACAUUAUUAAAGAUGCAUAUCCUAAUUACACCAUCACAAUAAGUGAUGAAGGUUAUUAAGCUAAUAAAUCUGCCUGCAAGACAAGGCUGUUUGAAUUUAAUACUUUGAUAUGUGUAUGUAUAGAAUACUGUGAGAUAAAAUAAUAAACUGCCAAUUUUGUAUGAGUAUCUUUA